AUUACUUCUUGCAACGAGCUGGCGUGGAAUAGAUAAGCCACAGGGCCCACUAUUCUAUGAUUCUAUUUAUCUCUUUUAGAAAUUGCCAGGUAGAUGUCAACCGCAGCAGUGAUCUGCGGGAUAAAACCUGUAAAUAUAGGGCAAUCAGGUCUUUUUUUGGGAAAAAAGACUGUGGUUCCCCAAAUGUUUAAGAGAAGAUAGAGUUAAUCAUAAGGAUCUAAGAUGGCAGAGACAGGGGAAGUAAAUCCAGUGUUUCUGCAGCAACUGCUGGAGUUGGGUAUCUCUGAAGAAAAAGCCAAGGAGGCUCUGAUUAAAACUGGGAAUCAAUCCAGCGAUUCUGCUGCUCUGUUUUACUUCAGUGAACUUGAAAUGUUUUCCGGAUUUGAGAUUGGUGGAUCUAUGAUCUGUGUAUAUAAGAUGGUGUUCGUUGUGAACAUGGAAUUGACCAUGGGAAUUGGAAAGGUUGCUGCACAGGUGGCGCAUGCUGCUGUGGGCUUGUAUCAGAUGAUGUUGGAGGAGUCAGACAGCUGGCAACAGAUGUUGACAACAUGGAACAACGAUGGAGGUAAGAAGAUUGUAUUGAAAGGGCAGAGCACUGAACAUAUCUUGGAGUUACAAGAACAGGCUUGUCAACUGAAGUUGCCAAACUAUCUAGUAGAGGAUGCAGGAAAAACCCAGAUUGCGGCUGGAUCACGCACAGUCCUGGCAAUCAUGGGUGAGGAGAAGCUGGUCAAUCAGGUUACUGGGAGUCUUCAGCUCUUGUGACACAAGCAGCCAAUAUUGGCUUUUACAAAGGAGUUAACUGUUGGAGGCAGUAAUGAACUAAAAUAUACUGUAUGAUUAUGCACUGGAUACCUACUGGGUAGAUGGAUAUACCAAUUUCAUGCUGUCAUACAAUUGUAUUUCUGAUUUUAAGUAUUGUUAUUACUGCUUUGUUUGCUUCAAAGUUCAAAGGUUAAAAUGUUACCUUCCCAACAACAUGGUAACUAAUAUUAGUUCAAUGAUGAUCACUUUGUUUGGAUAUGCAUCAGUUAUUGACAAGGUGUCUAGAUGGAAUGCUAUCUGCGGCCAAGGUAUCACAUUUUUAAGUGAGGGAGAAGAAACUGACCAGUGACUGGGAUUGUCUUUUAACAUCAGUCAAUAACAGCAGAUUAAUGACUAAACUUUCCAGUCAUUUUGGGUACAUGGUCAUCAUGAUCCCUUCAUACUGGAACUGGAUGCGUAAUGGAUAGUGGCCCAAGGUAUGUGAAAAGAAAUGAAUGGCAUAAAAUGAUGACAUAAGUGAAUGUAUUUCUCCCAAAACGUGGGCACUGAGUCCAAAUUCUGCUUAGAUGGGAGAGUAAGCAAGAAAUGCAGUGUUUAUUGACUAAUGGUUAUACACUCUAGUCUAGUUGUUCCAUUAAUUAGCUGUGCCAUUCUGGUCAGGUGCCUAAAUUCUGCCAUGAGAUCUCCCCUUAUCUGGUGAGGUUGGCUAAGAACUGAGCAUAUACAUCAGAAACCAUAUUAGAGUUGAGUCCAGUAGUUGAUACCUGCAAGUUCAAUAAUAGAACUUUGUACUGGGUUUAUAUUCUUUGAAACUGUACAUAUUUGACAAAGUGUAAGUUACAAAUUAAAGCCUGUUUCUGA